AUGGCACCGACAGGCAAGGCUCGGGCACUCGCUGAAUACGUCCAGUCGAGCAUAGAAGAGAAUAGAAACCUUGACCACAAGGUCAUGGACAGUUUCUCGAAAGAGCCGUCCGGGUGGGCGCAGGUUCGCUCAUUCGUGUCAGGCCGCCGUUCUCGGGAGAGUGCAAGCUUGGCCUCCAAGCCGUUGGCGGAGGAGGUUCCAGAGGCUGAGCGGCCCGCUCCCCUGGCCAUUCGCAAGAUUAAUUCGAGAACAGUCGAUAACGCAGCCGAUAUUUCCCCCAUCAGCGAGCCGGACUCGAUGAAUAAUUACAUUCCCUGGGACCCGAGGAUCACUGAUAGCGCCCACAUAGAGACCGCCACUUACGUGCCGUACGCCCGCUUCCAACAGCGCGACGUCCAAGUCAUCGGCGGAGACAGCAGUCCCGUGAGCAGCACCCGCUCGGCCCGCACCGUUGGACCUGCACAGAUGCAGAACAGCGAGCUGGACAGCGUCCUGCUCAUGGGCUACGCCGCCCAACGCCGGCGCCGUAUUCCAAACGCACUCCGCCCCGGCACACAGCCGCUUUCUCCCUCCUCCAUCGACGAGAAGCCCGAGGAGGAGGAGGAGGAGGAGGAGGAGGUCAAGGAGCCAGAAGAGCCGACGAUCCCAGAAGCGGUCCGCAUCGCGCAGGCCAUGCUGGAGGGCGAAAUCCCUCCCAUCACAACUGCAGCAGAUGACGACAGCGAGCAACCGCCCUCCCGCUCUUCAGCCCCCUCCCUCCCCACCAUCACCAUCACCCACCCUUCCGUCAAGGACACCACCCGCCCUCGCACCGACCACCCCGCUCUUCUCCUCCGCCACAAACGCAGCAACCCCCGUCUCCGCGAACAGUCCAAGAACCGCCCACAAACCUGGACCUCCAAUUCCACCCGCCUGAGGCGCCUAAACGGGCCCCUGCCCCCCACACCCUACGACAUGGCCGUCUCCCUCGGCCUCCUCGGCGAGGAGGACCACCACCGUCCCACCGAUCAAGACUCCACCCCCGCUACCCCCACCACCGUCGCCAGCGCCAGCAGCCGCAUCAGCAGCGGCAGGUACAGCACCGCCAGCGGCGCUAGUAGUCGUAGUGGUAAUGGUAUUGGCAACCGCAGCAGCGACGGCAGCGUCAUCACCAUCCCGCGGCGGCCGCUGGGCCACAGGGACUUCCGGCCGGUGGCCAGCCGCGUCAGCGGGGCGUGGGGUCCCGACGACGUCGGCAGCGGAGACACUGGGGUUGGUGGGGAUGAGGUGAGGUUGGCGUGGGUUGAUGCGCCUGCGUCGGCGGGGACGACGGUGAGGAGUCCGCAGCAGUGGUUGGAGCAGUUUCGGCCGCUGUCGUUUGAUGAGUUGAAUGUGGGGUGUCGUAAGGAGGGGGAGGGGAAGGAGGAGGAGGAGGAUGGGCAGACGCUGAGGAGGAAGGGGGCGGUGAGGGUGGUGGUGGGGAAGAUGGGGAAGGAGUUGUGGAGGAGGUCGGAGCCCUGA